UUAUAUAUAAGUACAUUUACAUAUUGAGAACAUUUUUGAACAUACUCCUAAGUAAUAAUGAAAAGUUCUUUUCAUGGUAAAAUUGAUGAAAUUCCCGGUGUAUAUGUUGAUAAUUUCGAAAAUGCUGAACAGCAAGGCGCUAGAGCCUACUUCCUUAGCCACUAUCAUUCAGAUCACAUUCAGGGCUUGCAUUCAGCUCAACUACUGGACGUUUUAUCAAAGAACAACAUUACAAUCUACACAACGGAGCUAACAUCCGCUAUUAUAAAUGAUGAUAAAAAUGACGAACGAAUUAUGAAAUACGUCAGAGGAUUAAAAAUGGGCUCAACACUGAUAUCUUUGCCUGGUUUACCUGAGCAGAACAUUCCAGAUUUGUGCCUCAACGUCACCUUGAUACCAGCCGGCCACAGUGCAGGAUCAACAAUGUUUCUAUUCUCAACGACGACACAAAAUAUUCUAUUUACCGGGGAUUUUCGGGUAUAUCUGAACGACUUACCGAGUUACAAGCAUCUUCAUGUUGGAGAUGAACCAAUAAAAUUGGAUACAAUGUAUGUUGAUACAACGUUUUUGGAUUCCAAUUAUGAAAACUUCCCGAGGAGAAGUGAGAGCGUUGAAAAAAUGAUUUUUGAAAUUAGAAUGUUUCUGGACUCGGACGAGACUAAUGCAAUUGCUCUACACACUUCAGCCAAAUUCGGCUACGAGUUUGUCUUCAAUGAAAUAUAUAAACGAUUACACAUAAAAGUAUUUGUUGGAUCGGACAAAUGGCGUUUUUACAGUUCAAUACCAAAUCUAGUCCCUGGAGUGACAAACAACGAAAAAUCAACUAGAGUUCAUUUAUGUAGAAAUAGAAGCGAAAACAGUUCUCACAGCUCAUGCGUUCAAAACUGUUAUAAUAAUUAUUUAUUCUUACAUUUAUCGGCUAUGAAAUGGCUGAACUACAAAGAAGAAAAAUGCUCAGUCGUCCGCGUGUCGCCGAAGCGAAUGGACGUCUGUUUCGCUACUCACUGUAGUAAGAAAGAGAUAGAGUAUUUUGUGAAUUACUUCGCACCGGAUAAAAUAAUUGGUUUUCCUAACGAAUAUAAACGGACGCGUAAAAGAAAUGAACUCUUCGAUGAUGGUCGGCUUGUAGAGAAAAAAGUUAAGCUAGAUAAGAAAGUAGACGCUACAUUGUUGAAAUUGAUGUUUAAAUAAAAAAAUGUCUAUCUGUGUUAAUAAUAUAAAUAUUAUUUAUACUAAUAUUAUAUAGCGAA